AUGCGGCCUACUUAUGUGAUCUUUCCCAUCUUUUUUUUCAUCAGACAAUUAGCAAAUUUGCGUUACAUACUAUCUAUCAUCUCGCCCGCUACAAGCUCUGAUGGGCCUGAGGAAUUCAACGAUCCAGGAGAGCCUGAACCGGCCUUAGUUGUAGCCUCCACAGCCUCUUCUAUAGACCAUUCGACCGGUAGCACUACUAUCAGCACCGGAGCCAUUUCUUUGGCUUUGUUUAGUGGCGAAUCAACUGCCACAAUUGGCAGC